AUGCGCGGGAGAAUUUCCAUCCCUGGACCGUUUGUUAGUGCAACUCUCUACCAACUGAGGUAUUAUGUCAAGUCGCCAGUUAAUAUUACUAUUCGACUGACUGAUCAAGUUCCAAAAUCUGUUUCUUGUAGACGAACCGUCGUAAUCAAAGUACUAAAUGUGGACAUCAAAUUUCAGAAACCCGUUAAAGGGACAGACCUUGAUUGUAAUUUAUUUUAUUCUUUUCCAACAAAAGUUGCUCGCGCUGAUGAAGAGACACCAGUUGACGUUGCUCCCAAGAUGGAGGAUCAGCCAGAGACCGCUGACGUGGUGGCUGACGAAGAACGAACGGAGGCUGACACGGAAAACAGCGAAGUCGAGACUGAAAGCGACGAAGAAGAGGCGGAAUUAGGUGAUGCCCAAGAGGAUGAAGAGGUCGAAGAAGAUGAAGGUAGGCGUCUAAUUCUAAUAUUGAGCACAUGGUGGGGGAAAGAAUGUUCAUUGAGAAAAAAUCUAUUUUCUAGCUAUGCGUAUAUCUUUACAUCGAUAACUUGAAAUAACAUUAGCGAUACAACAUGCAUCAAUAUGGCCGUCAUUGUCCAUUUUUGGAUGGCAUAUGCACUUUCAUACAUUUGACAUAUCAAGAUUUCAGGGAAUCGCACUUGCUGUAUUACCGAAAUCAGUAGAGCGUCUUUUUCGGAAGUUGAAAAGACAGUCAGAAGCCAGUAGAAUGCAGCGUGGAACUUGUACGUUAUUUUACUUAUUAGUAACUUUAUUUAGUUUGACAAAUUGCCAAUGGCUCGUCAGCGCAAAACAAGUUUUCGAGCAAAGGGUGAACAUUUGUUCAUGGGAAGACACUAGGAGAAGAAAUGCAAACCAAAUAAAGUUACUAAUAAGCAAAAUAACAUACAAGUUCCACGCUGCAUUUCUUCACCGUGAAGUCAAAAAACAUGAAAGUUUCUACUGGCUUUUGACUGUCUUUUCAACUCCCGGAAAAGACACUCUACAUAUUUCGAUAAUAACCAUUGUUGAACAAUUGAAAAGUUUGAAGAUUAGGUCAUUCGAGCGACAAGCCUAAAAAAGGUUAACCGCAAUAACCAUGGGCUCACUUUAACUUAGUACAAUAUACAUGAAAUUGCCGUUAGAAUCGAGAAGAGUCGACUAUGUACUUCGCUUUGUCAGACUACCGCAGCAGAAUAGCAGUGUUGCUGGCUCUUUCUGGCAGUGGGCCUAUAAUCUUGGUUAAGACUAAAGAAAUUAAUAUAAUUUAGCUACUGUACACCCGAAAUUUCCUUCCACAAAUGCUCCAACAUAUUAUCCAUGUAUAUUUAGAUAUACUUAAUUAAUUGGAUUUUCGUUUCUUUCUAUCAGACAUCGCGCAAAUAGGAGUUAAUAGAACAGAAAAAGAUAGAUAAUAUAACUAUGUAUAGUUUGAAUAAGUUCAUAUUUAGGAAAUAACAAACCAUUAAAAAUAUACUCCUUUCUUUAGACGAAACCAGUUAUAUCUCCGACGACGAUCCCGAGAAACGAGGUCAGCCAUUUCUCACAGUUAUCACAGAAUAUUUCUAAAUUUAUAUUCUUUGUUGAAAUAUUUAUUGAAAGGGAUAUUGUGACCUCAGGUUGAGUUUAAAGUGCGCCAGAUACUGUUUUUGUGCACAAAACUCUCAACUUUUAGCAGAUCUAACAUAUAUUUUUGGUGCUCUUUCAUAAAUCGUCCUAACUAAAUUUUAUUCCUGAUUCAAUUUUUCCAUUUCGAUCGACCUAAAAUAUUUAAGUUAAACUAGACGUAAACCGGGUCAGAGCAGCGGAACCAGUCAGUCAGUUCUAUCUCUAAUAACAAAACAAUAGCUUUGCAUUGAAUAAGUCAUAUUCCAUCCAACCACCUGUUCUCCUAACAACCUUGAAUAUGGUAUUUCAAACCCUGCAUGCAGUGUUUCUAAAUUAUUCUGCCUUGAUAAAAUCCUACUAUAGCCUUUCUAAAGCUGUAUUACGUUUACAUGAUCGUAAACACAGGGCCUGAUUUCAAUGCGUUCCAAACAUGUCAUCAAGGCUUGUUUUGCCAUCGUCUCAGUUUCUAAUCUCGGAACUUAAUGGCAUUUACGUAAGGCUUAUUAAAGCUUUAUGUUUAUCAAUUCUCUACAGUGUAGUUUAAAUAUUCAGGUUGGGUAUGCAGACGAUACAGGAAAGGUAAACAUUGGUGUAAGGCUUGUGGAUGUCGACGUGGAUGUAAAGCCAAAGUGUGCUCUCGACGUGUCUGCAAACGAGUCAGAUGUACUAGGAGAGUAUGCCGUAUCGUAAUCAAAUACAGGAUCGUUAGAUACAAAUACCGCAACCCUUAUUACAAAGGAUAUGGAAGUCUCUACUUGUGGAAGACCAAAAAGGUUCCAUACAAAGUUCGUGUCUGCAAAAAUGUGCGAAGUUUCUGCCCCAAAUGUUACAACCAACGUUACAAUUGUGGUCGUGUUUGCCGCCACAUAUGUAAAUUCAGAAAG